AUGGUGUUUAGAGAAGCUACUGAGAAGUUGGAAGAUAGACCAACUGUUCUGCGGUACAGAGUGAGUGACUGUUCAAAGGAGACGAUGACUGAUGUUUUAAGAGGAACUGAAGGAGGAAGGCCCAGUGCUAAGGAGCUAUGGUGGUACAGCGACGAUGUUCUAGGUGUAAUCAAGACACUGAGCUUGUAUCCAGCCAUGGCAGAAGAUUGGGUGUCAAGAAUCUUGAAAACUAUAUUACAUAUCAACAAAUUCCAGCUCCACAAGAAGUGGAGGCAACCGGUGGCAUCAGUUCUCAAGCUUGGUGGCGUCAAGAUUGCCAAAGACGGUAACAUGCCCACUUCUAGAAAUUACAUUUUUCUUCAAUUGCUUCACUUUGUGAUAGCCUCUUUUUGCUAUGGUAUUUCUGCAAAUCCAAUAUUUGGAUUGCCUCUUUUUGCUGUAGUACAUGAAUUUGUUGUGGAAAUAGUAAGAGAUGACCCGACAAAAAAUGUUCCUGAUUCAAUAUUCUCAAAGCUUGGAAUGCAGCUUCACAGGAGGGAUCAGCAUCCCCUUGGCAUCCUGAAGAAUGCAAUCUAUGACUAUUUUGACACUAAUUAUCCCAACAAAUUUGACAAGUUUGAUGAUUUGUGCCCAGUAGUUUCGACUAUUGCGAACUUUGAUGAUGUAUUGGUAGCUGCUGAUCAUGUGAGCAGGAGUUAUAAUGAUACAUAUUAUGUGGAUUCUGAAACUGUCUGGAGGUGCCAUACUAGUGCUCAUCAAGCUCAGUUAUUGCGAGGAGGGCAUACUCAUUUCCUUGUCACUGGAGAUGUAUACCGCAGAGAUUCUAUUGAUUCAACUCAUUACCCUGUAUUCCAUCAGAUGGAAGGUGUUAGAGUUUUUACGCCAGCCAAUUGGAAGGCAUCUGGCAAUGAUGCCACAUCAUAUGCUGUAGAGGAUCUAAAGAAAUGCCUUGAGGGGUUAGCACGCCAUUUAUUUGCUGGUGUGGAAAUGCGCUGGAUUGACACUUAUUUUCCCUUCACCAACCCAUCAUUUGAAUUGGAGAUAUAUUUUCAGGUAUUAUUCUGGAUUACAACCAUUCAUGAAGAACUGAAGGAGGAGGGCCCAAUGCUAAGGAGCUAUAGUAGUACAGCAACAAUGUUCUUGAUUUACCUAUGUGUUUAUAUUGUAGAGAUUUACCUAUGUGUUUAUAUUGUAGAGCUUUUUAAUUCCAAGAAUUUGAUGCUUCAAACAUCCAAGCCUUUUAUGGCAUUCUCCAAAGCUAAAACUACACCCGUGAUCCUGUUUACUCGACCUUUGACCACCCAAUAUAAUUAUUGGUCUCUGCUUUUUCCACUAAAGAUCUAUAGAAGUAGCUCUAGUGACAUUUUAUAUAGAAACUCAAAUAUUUCUAUGAUUUUACAGUACCCUCCAUGUUACAAGGACAUGAGUUUCUGGAUCAGCGAUUCAUUUACUGAGAACAACCUCUGUGAAGUCGUUAGAGGUAUUGCUGGGGAUCUUGUGGAGGAGGUGAAAUUGAUAGACAACUUCACCAACAAGAAAGGAAUGACCAGUCAUUGUUAUAGGAUAGCAUAUCGAUCAAUGGAGCGUUCACUCACAGAUGAGGAGAUAAACGACUUGCAAUGGAGGGUACGAGAACAAGUCGAGACCAAGUUGCGCGUUGUUCUUAGAUGAAUUUCUCUUGUCCCAAUUGCCAGCAUUGUUAAUUUACUCUCAUCUGAUUUUCCAAGUUUCUGGGU